CGGAAUAUUGUAGUUUUGUGCGGAACGGCGACCAAGGCGGUCAUCAUGCAGACAGAGAGACCAACAUCGACAGCAACCGGCUUUCAGCCCAUACCCACUGGUCAUCCUGGUGCUCCUGGUGCGGAGGUGCAUCGGGAAAUGAUCUAUCAGACUGGACAGGGGACAUGCUGCAAUCAGGAUCAACGCAAUCAGCCGCAGGCAUAUGCAAUUGAAGCGGCUGCUUUGAUCUUCCUCUCUGGCGGCUUGCACAUUGCCUGGAGCAUUGGCUUUGACAGUCUCUUGGCCGAGCUGGAGGUCAGUUCCCACCUGCGCAUCAGUUGGUUCGUUGCGGCCAUAGUGGGCGCCCUGGUGGGCGGAUUCUUUAGCCAAAGAUUAACCUACAAACAGCUCAUGCAACUUUGCGCCAUGCUCACGGUCAUUGGUGGUGUGGUGAUGGGUGUCAGGCGUUUCAAUGUCAAGGCCAUGUUUGUGGCGAGAUAUUUGAAUGGAUUCGCCAAUGGUCUGGCAUUCGCUCCCACGCUGGCCAUGGCUGGGGAGCUGUCCGUGUACUAUAGGCGUGGCACAACGGCCUCGGCCGGCGAACAGUGGUCCACCGCAUUGGGUAUCUUUGUGCAGAUCGUGUGCAGCGCCAGCUGGGACACGGAGAGCGAGUUUACGGUGGAGCAGUUCCAGGGCGUACUCAGCGCCGUUCUGGGCGUGAUUGCCAUUUGCAUGGCUUGGCUGCUGACCAUCGAAUCGCCGGUGGAUAUGUUGCACAGAGGAGACGAACAGGCAGCCAUUGAUGCACUGAGCCGGCUGCAUCGUCCCAGAGCUGUCACUGCCGAAACCUACGAUCAGCUGGACAAUCAUCGCACGUAUUUGGUGCACAAUCAGCCGAUGAGGGGGCUUAGAGGAUGGACUGAGGCACUCCCCGCGGUGCUACACUUGUGCCUGCUGCGUGGACUCUAUGCCACGAGCUCCAGCAUGCUGGUGGCCUACACCUUGAGCUACACGAGCACCGUUGUCUACCCGGGCAGCUCGGGACCGUUUGUGCUCUUCGGCCUUCUGCGACUAGUCGGCAGCUGUGCGAGCGCAUUCGCCCUGGACACACUCGGCCGGAAGAUUCCCCUGCUGCUGGGUCUGGUAAUGGCUGGCGGACUGGCAGCGGGAGUGGCCAGCAGAUUUGUGGUGAGCGAGCUGCUUCGCGUCAAGGACAUGCGAAUGGCCCUGUGGCUGCUGCUGCUCUACCAGCUGUUUGCGGGCAUUGCCUUUGGCCCGAGCUCCGCUUACCUCUCGGAGGCGUUUCCGCGCAGCGUGAAGCGUCAGUGCAUUGCCCUCGCCUACGCACUGGAGAUGAUCAUUCAGCUGGGCAUUUGUCGCGUGGAUCUCAGUCGGAAUAUCGAUGGCAUAGACAAUAUAGCUGGAUUUUUCUUCAGCCUGGCUGCCCUGCUGCUGGCGGAAUUUCUUUACAGUGUCUGGUGCAUGCCGGAAACCAAAAUGACGACACUGCGGCAGGCACAGAUUAAGUUUCGAAAUUUUGUGGUCUCACAACAAGCCUGAAAGUAGGCAAUUCUCACACACAAUACUAUGCCACCAACCUUAGAUAUAGCUGAAAGUAAAUCUGUAAUCUGUAUAAGAAACACACUGAAGUUCUGUUUCUUGUCUUAUCAAAGUGUUGCCCAGCUCUUUCUCUUCUGUCAGCAUGAAGAGCUAAUUUUAAUUUGAUAUUCGGGGGAUUCCGCUUGUCAGAUAAGCGUUUACGGCGAGUAUUUGCCAGCUUAUCAAUUUAUCUAAGAUAAGAUGGAUCGUAAAGAAAUGUUUGCUGCAAUUUACAGCAAUCAAGGCACUUUAAAUGGUCUAAUUUAUUUAUAAACUAUUUAAAAAAAGAGUCAGUCACGUCUGAACUUCAACUGAGAAGGAUUUGGGUUAGAUUUUAUAAUUUCUUUAACCAUUUAACCACUUACCUUUUAGUUCUCCUCCGACUGAUCCCGUUUUAAGGCAAAAUCCAAGAAUAUUUCCUCCAGUCUUGUUUGUAUUAUUAAAUAAUCUUCGAUGUAUAAUUUUUCUCGAUUAUGUUCUAUUAAUCGAAAUAGUUUUGACCACAUUAAUUGCUUCAAGGGAAUGUAAUAUGUGAGCAUGCCAUUGCAGGUUUCCUUGAGCACUGCAUCGGGUAUUUCUUUGGCAAUAAACGAAUUUAGUUGUAAAAUUCUGCUGGUUAAAUCAGUGCCAUUA